UGCGGGCGGGGCGGAGGGGCCGGGGCAGCCUCGGGGCCGGGCCGGGCCGGGCCGGACCUUUGCCGGGACCGGACCUUCCCCCGCGCCCGCCGCAGGGCAUGGGCGCCGCGGCUUCGCGCUGCGCUGCCGCGCCCCGGCCCCAUGAGUCCUCGCCGGAGCGAGUGAGUGCGGGAGGCGUCCGGGGGGGCGCCGGCGGCCCGGCCUCGGGAGGGAGGAUGUGGUGAGAGGAUGGGGCUGUGUCCCGCGGGGGCUCGCCAUGGCCAGGGAGGACUCGGUGAAGUGCCUGCGCUGCCUGCUGUAUGCCCUCAACCUGCUCUUCUGGUUGAUGUCCAUCAGCAUAUUAGGUGUUUCUGCUUGGCUGAGAGACUACCUGAAUAAUGUUCUCACUUUAACUGCAGAAACAAGGGUGGAGGAGGCUGUCAUUUUGACUUACUUUCCUGUGGUCCACCCAGUUAUGAUUGCAGUCUGCUGUUUCCUCAUCAUAGUUGGAAUGCUGGGAUACUGUGGAACAGUGAAAAGAAAUCUGUUGCUCCUUGUCUGGUAUUUUGGAAGCUUGCUUGUAAUAUUCUGCGUUGAACUGGCCUGUGGUGUUUGGACCUACGAGCAGGAAAUAACGGUUCCAGUGCAGUGGUCUGAUAUGAUCACACUGAAAGCCAGGAUGACCAAUUAUGGCCUACCUAGGUACCAGUGGCUGACCCAUGCUUGGAAUUUCUUCCAGAGGGAGUUUAAAUGUUGUGGAGUGGUGUACUUCACAGACUGGCUGGAAAUGACAGAAUUGGACUGGCCACCUGACUCCUGUUGUGUCAGAGAGUUCCCAGGAUGCUCUAAGCAGGCACAUCAUGAGGAUCUCAGUGACCUUUAUCAGGAGGGAUGCGGUAAAAAAAUGUACACUUUUUUGAGGGGGACGAAGCAAUUGCAAGUGCUGAGAUUUCUAGGAAUCUCUAUUGGAGUAACUCAGAUCCUGGCUAUGAUCCUCACUAUUACUUUGCUGUGGGCUCUGUACUAUGACAGAAGGGAUCCCAGAGCAGAUCAGAUCAUGGCACUGAAGAGUGAUACCUCGCAGGAGCUGUCAUGUCAUUCCAUGGAGCUACUGAAACCAAGCCUGACUAGGAUCUUUGAACAUACAUCCAUGGCAAACAGCUUUAAUACACACUUUGAAAUGGAAGAGCUAUAAGUGAUGCAAUGAAUCUAUGAAGUCACAGAGGAUUGUUUCAUUUUGUUGUAACUUUUGUUCUGUUUCUUCAAAUAUGCCAAAUAUACCAGUCUUAUUUGUCAAUAACCAGCUAAUGAAUGAAAGUGAAGGAGACCAACUAAGAAAGACAAGUCUGUUGUCAGCCUCUUAGCCAUGUCCUCAGCUGUGAAAAAGAGUUGAUUUUGUGUUUGUUUUUUAAAAGGCACUCAUUCAGUUGGACAUGGUAAUACUCAUUGUCACAAACUGUGUGAAGUGUAAAACACUGACUCAGUCACUGGUAGACUGAACUUCUAAAUAAGCAUCAUGGGAAGGGAAGAGAAAUACUCAUCUUCUGAAGAAACAACUGUGCUUUGAGCAAACAAAAUGUGACUUCAGCUGAAAUUGACUUUUAAAAAGCCAUUUGGAAAAUGUCUUAAUCAGGGAUCUAUGUAUGUAUAAUUUGUGCGUUUUCAUGUGUGCAUGGAAAGCAGAGCUACAGUUCAAGUUAAUACUUGGAUUAAAAAAUUUGAAAGAUUUGUAAAAAGGGCAAGAUUUUCUUUUUUUCUAACAAAACCUUUAUCUUAGCUUUUGUUCUUAAAGAUGUUCUAAAACUUCUAUUUUUAUCUAACAUAACAAUUUUUAAAUUUUAAAUAUAUUAAACAGGGAUUGAAAACAGAGCUAUAGCUAUGGACAAUAAAAUUUAGUUUUCUGGAGAAUUCUUCUUUCAAACAGUUUUUUCUGUGGACUGUUUCUUAUUAAAAAGGAAGAAAACCUUAAGCAUUCUUUCUAAAACGGGAAUCAAUAUGGGAGUAGCACAUUUUUAUAGAUAAAUCUUUUCUCCUGUCCAUGAUUCCCCUGAAGCUAGAAACAAAAGACGGCAAGAAAAAUGCUUACAGUUCUGGAUGCUAUUGCAAUAAUUGUAAAAGUACAUGAGGAAAAAUUUUACUUUGGUGACUGUUUCAUUAAGAGCUCUCUGGUUGCUUAAAAUGCCAGCCGGAAACAGAUUAAAAUGUAUUUAUUGAGGUGGGGAAAGUGCAUUUUACUGUAUUUUUAUGAACAAUGUCUAUGUCAUAGGAUUAUUUUUACAAUUGGCCACACUCUUGAAAUAUAUAUUUGUUCCACUGAGUAUAGUAGUUUGUGGCAAAUGGGCUUUUUACAUAAUAUUACAUUAAAAAAUUCUUUCUUUUGUUUUGGAAUUUGUAAAAGAAAAAAGAAAGCAAGGUGUGAUUUGGUAGACAAUAAAAUUACUUUUCUCUUAAA